UUUUGCCUCAAAACGAACGAAGAAGCACUCUGUUUAUCCUAAAACCCAAAGCUGAAGAAAUCUCGAGUUUCCAAUGGAGUGGGUUCGAGGGGAGACGAUUGGGUGUGGAAGUUUUGGCGCUGUCAAUUUGGUGCUACCCAAAAAUGCCUUCUCGAAAUCUCCUCUAAUGGCUGUCAAGUCUUGCCAACUCAUCGACUCUGUUUCGCUGAAGAACGAGAAGGAAGUGCUCGAUCGAAUCGGUUCUUGCCCCCAAAUCAUCCGUUGUUUAGGUGGCAAUCACACAGUCGAAAAGGGUGGGAGGUUGUAUAAUUUGUUCUUGGAGUACGCGGAUAAAGGAAGCUUGGCCGAUCAGCUGAAGAAAAGCGGCGGGAGAUUGAUGGAAUCCGAUGUUAGAAGAUACGCAAGAUCGAUACUUAAAGGGCUACGCUUUGUUCAUUCGAAAGGGUUCGUUCACUGUGAUAUUAAGCUUCAAAAUAUCCUGUUGUUUGGUAACGGUGAUGUGAAGAUAGCUGAUUUUGGAUUGGCGAAGCGAAAUGGGGAAGAAGAAGAAGAAGAAGAAGAGGGAGAAAAGAGGAGGAUGGAAAUCAGGGGAACUCCUCUGAAUAUCGCACCCGAGUCAGUCAAUGAAAACGUGUAUGAUUCAGCGGUGGAUAUUUGGGCACUUGGAUGUGCCAUUGUUGAGAUGUUUACUGGGAAGCCAGCUUGGAAUUUCAAACCAGGGACGAACAUGGCGGCUUUGUUGAUUAAGAUUGGGGUUUCCGAUGAAUUGCCAGGAAUUCCUCGAGAGUUAUCUGAACAAGGAAAAGAUUUUCUCGGAAAAUGCUUUGUUAAGGAUCCGAAGAAGCGAUGGACGGCAGAGAUGCUCCUAGAUCAUCCAUUCAUGGCUUGUGAUGAUCAGAUCGUUUCAAAUUCAAUGAAUCGAUGCGAAGAAGAAGAAGAAGAAUCAACAUCCCCGAGAUGUUCAUUUGAAGAAUUCUCAGCUUCACCAAAAUCUCCUUUUGAAUUCCCAGAUUGGGUUUCCUCUCAAUCAUCUUCUUCUUCUCAAUCAUCAUCUUCUUCUCAAUCAAGCUCUGUUCCUUCAUUUUCGAGUUACAUUUCAUCACCUUUGGAUCGGAUUCGUGAACUGGCUUGUGAUGAAGCAGCCAAUUGGUCAGUUUCAGAGAGAUGGAUCACGCUGAGGUAGAAGAGAGAAGAGAGGAAGUUAUAGUUUCAUGGCCUUCGAUCUGAUGGCUUUGAUCCAAUUGAUUUUUCAUUGCAAUUGGAGAUGAUUUUUUCAAUGUAAAUUAUUAGUAAAAACAUAGAUGAGCCGACUUUUUCCCGAUUAA